AGACCCCAUCCCCUCCUCAAUCUUACGGCUGCCCAGCCGAAAGGACGCUCAGAAUGGCGCAGAGCAAGGCAACCAAAAAGUUCGAGAAGAACAAGCUGAAAGAUGUGCUCAAGCGGCGGAAAGACGUUGCGAAGAUUAAGCAGAAGAAGCAGAUAGCCACAAAGCGCAAGGACCGCCGGGCUCGAGACAAUGCGCCCGCCGAUGGGGUCGAGAAAGAUAGCGCAAAGAAGCCCAAUGGCAACGAGUCGAAAGAUGACGCAUUUGGAGAGAUGUCCAUGGACCAGUUCUUCGCGGGCGGCUUCCAAGUCCCCGAAAUGAACAAGAAGCCGACGAAAACGAAGACAGGAAAGCGAAAAAGAACGCCUAUCGAGGAAGACAGCUCGGACGAUUCGGACGUAGACAUGGCAGAGCCAGCGCCCGCCGCAGACGGGUCUGGUGCAGAGAGCGAAUCGGGCGAUGAUGAGGAGGCGCACAAGGAACAGCUGGCAGCACUGGCAGAGAAGGACCCCGAAUUUUACAAGUACUUGAAGGAGAAUGAUGCAGAGCUGCUCGAAUUUGCCGAGGAGGCUGAUCUGGCGGAGAUUGAUGCUCUCAGCGCGAGCGAGGACGAGGAUGCGCCGAGAAAGAAGCAGAAGUCAGGGAAGGCAUCAAAGGAUGAUGCUGAUGAGGCUGAUGAGGACGGUGAUGAGGACGAAACCACCAGCAAUGAAGUGUCCAAGAAGCUCAUUCAGAAGUGGCGGUGGUCUAUGGAAGAGAAUUCGUCUUUGAGGACAAUGAAGGAGGUCGUACUCGCUUUCCGGGCCGCUGCACAUCUAAACGAUGAUGCUGGAAAGUCGUACAAAUACUCUAUAUCCGAUCCCGAUGUGUACCACGAAGUCCUCGUCACCGCACUAAAGCUUGUGCCGAAAGUGCUCCAGCACCAUCUUCCGGUUAAGGAAAACGCCACGGGCAAAGUUCGAGUACCCACAGAUUCAAAGAAGUUCCGCACUCUCAGCCCACUUCUCCAAUCACAUUGCGUUUCGCUCCAUCAUCUGCUGGAGAACCUCUCAGACCCCUCGACUAUACGAAUGACGCUCGAAUCGUUGCUCGCUCUUCUUCCAUACAUAUUGUCCUUCAAGAAGGUUUUACGGGAAGUGGUAAAGACUGUCUGCUCCGUUUGGUCGGAUUCUUCAAACACCGAAAUGACGAGACUCUCUGCGUUCCUCGUCCUGCGAAGGCUAGUCGUCAUUUCAGACCCCAACAUCAGGGAAGCUGUUCUCAGACAGACUUACCAGGGCCUUGUCAGGGGUGCCCGCAAAACGACGAUACAUAAUAUCCAGGGCAUUAACCUGAUGAAGAACACCGCCUCAGAGCUGUGGGGCAUCGAUGCAAAUGUCGGGUAUACAACAGGCUUCGGCUUCAUCAGGCAGUUAGCCAUUCACCUGCGGCAGAGCAUCACCAACAAGACGAAAGAUUCAUACAAGACGGUCUACAACUGGCAGUAUGUCCAUUCGCUGGACUUCUGGUCCCGCGUGAUAGCCGCACACUGCGAGUCGCUUCGAGAAGCAGAGUCUGGCAAAGAAUCGCCUCUUCGACCGCUCAUCUACCCCAUCGUCCAGGUCACACUGGGGGCCAUGCGCCUAAUACCCACCGCGCAGUACUUCCCUCUGCGCUUCCAGCUGAUCCGCUCUCUGCUCCGCAUCUCAUCCGCCACCUCCACCUACAUCCCGCUCGCACCUGCCCUAGUCGAAGUACUCAACUCGGCGGAGAUGAAGAAGCCGCCGAAGCCAAGCACACUGAAGGCUCUCGAAUUCAGCACCUCUAUCCGCGCCACAAAAGCCUACCUCCGCACGCGCAUAUAUCAAGACGGCGUCGGCGAGCAGGUCGCUGAGCUCCUCUCUGACUUCUUCGUGCUCUGGGCUAAGAACAUCGCCUUCCCUGAGCUUGCUCUCCCCGUCAUCGUCAUGCUCAAGCGCUGGGUAAAGAGCAUGACAAAGAAGAGCAGCGGAAACCGCAACGCGAAGAUCAACUCUUUGAUUGCUCUGCUCGUACAGAAGCUCGAAGCGAACUCAAAAUGGAUCGAAGAGAAGCGUGCCAAAGUCGACUUCGCGCCAAAUCACCGCGCCGGCGUCGAGGGCUUCCUGAAAGAUGUAGAGUGGGAAAAGAGCCCCCUGGGCGCAUACGUGGUAGGGCAGCGCAAGACGAGGGAGCAGAAAGCAAAAAUGGAGGAGACGGCACGGAAGACGGAGGAUAAGAAACGCAGAGAGACGAAGAAGGCUGAGGUACAAGAGAAGGCGGAGGAUUUCAGUGAUGAGGAGAGUGGGAGUGAGGAGGAUGUUGAGGAGGUGGAUGGGUUUAGUGAGGAUGAGGACGAGGAAGAUGAGUAAAAUUAGUGCAGCUAGAAUAGUUUCGAAUAGAGUAGCAGUUGAAUAUGUUUGGCACGAGCAGGC